AUGGCCUAUGUGGUUCCGAUACACCGCGCAAGUGGCAUUCGGCAUGCUGUGAAGCUGAACUUUUUGAGGUCGGAGGAAGACUGUCUGGUGGUUGCGAAAUCGAAUCGACUCGAAUUUCACACUCUCACGCCUGAUGGCCUCACGCUCAUUGCCACCCGUUCGUUGUAUGCGCAGGUUACCAUGCUCGCCCGGCUGCCAGCGCCAGUGAACUCACGCACUGAUCACCUCUUUGUCGGCACGGAUCAGUUUCAAUAUUUUACACUUGUAUGGGAUGAAAUGAAUCAAAUAAUUAAGACAGCACGCAAUUAUGUCGAUGUUGCUGAGCCCUCGUCUCGAGAAUCACAAACCGAGCCCCGGUGCCUGCUUGACCCUAGUGGACGAUUCAUGACGCUGGAGCUUUAUGAGGGCGUUAUCACAGUCAUUCCAGUUGUCGAGCCUUCGAAACGCAAACAAAAGUCUUCGCAGGCGGCUUUAUCUGACGCACCACAGGUAGGCGAGCUUGGCGAGCCGACUAACUCGCGCAUAGAAGAGCUGUUUGUCCGAUCGUCAGCAUUCCUGCACUCUGUUUCUAGCCAACCCUGGCUGGCUUUGCUAUACGAGGAUAACCAGAAAAAGGUCCGCUUACGGAUUCGGGAAUUGGACUAUACCAAGUCUGGAGGAAGUAGCUCUCCCGAUGCGACUUUCAAGGAAGUGCAAGACAAAAAGCUUGAGGGGGGCGUGUUUGGACACGAGCUUGAUCUGGGCUCCUCGCAUCUUAUCCCGAUCCCUGCCCCGCUUGGUGGUUUGAUUGUACUGGGAGAAACUUCAAUCAAGUACAUCGAUGACAAUGCAAAUGACAUGAUCUCGCGUGACCUCGACGAGGCUACUGUGUUCGUCGCCUGGGAGAAGGUUGACAGCCAAAGGUGGCUUUUGGCCGACGAUUAUGGCCGAUUAUUUUUCCUUAUGUUCAUUCUGAAUAAUGAGGGCAACGUCGAAGACUGGAAGCUGGACUGGCUAGGAAACACAUCACGUGCGACAGUGCUUGUCUAUCUGGGUGGCGGUGUUCUGUUUGUCGGAUCCCACCAGGGCGACUCCCAGGUCCUGCGUAUCGGGGAGGGCUCAUUCGAGGUGAUACAGACUUUAGACAAUAUCGCGCCUAUCCUUGAUUUCACCGUAAUGGACCUGGGCAAUCGUAUUAGCGAAAGCCACACGCACGAGUUCUCGUCCGGACAAGCCCGCAUCGUGACGGGCUCCGGUGCCUUCGAUGAUGGAACGUUGAGGAGUGUACGCAGCGGUGUCGGUAUGGAAGAACUCGCAGUCCUGGGCGAAAUGGACCAUAUUACGGAUCUCUGGGGGCUGCGGAUGCAGAGCACCGAGGAUUUUCUGGAUACACUGCUUGUGACCUUUGUUGACGAAACACGGAUUUUCCGGUUCGGCAUGGAUGGGGAAGUCGAGGAAUUGGACAACUUUUUGGGUCUUGCCUUCGACGAGAGUACUCUCCUGGCUGCCAAUCUACCGGGUGGUAGAAUCCUGCAAGUGACAGAGAAGAGGGCUUUGAUUGCCGAUGUCGAGGGUGGGAUGGUGGUUUUCGAAUGGACUCCGACGACCCAGAAGGCUAUUACAGCUGCCUCAGCUAACGAUGACCAUCUUGCAUUGGUGAUUGGUGGUCAAGUGCUCGCCUCAUUCGACAUCCGGGGAGAAGCCAGUCUUAUCACGCAGAAGGAAUUCGACGCAGACCACCAAGUCUCUGGUGUUACGGUGCCGUUCGAUCCGACAGGCGUCUGCAUCGCUGGGUUCCCGCAGUCGGCGAGAAUUUCCGUUCUCAACAUCAACGAUUUUUCUGAGAUCCAAACAAAGUCGCUAGGCACAACGGGCGAGGCAUUCCCUCGUUCUGUUCUGGUGGCCAAUGUGCUUGCCAAUAGUCCCCCGACUCUCUUUAUUUCCAUGGCUGACGGCAGCGUCAUUACUUUCUCUUUUGAUACCAAGGAUUAUACAUUAGGGAGUAUGGCCAAGCUGAUCCUUGGAUCCGAACAACCGGCGUUUAAGAAACUGCCCCGAGGAGACGGUUUAUACAACGUCUUCGCUACCUGUGAAAACCCUAGUCUGAUUUAUGGCUCGGAAGGUCGCAUCAUAUACUCUGCAGUCAACUCAGAAGGCGCUUCUCGUGUAUGCCAUCUACAUACUGCGGCAUUCCCGGAGUGCAUUGCUGUCGCCACUUCAAAGGAACUCAAGAUCGCAUCAGUGGACAAGGAACGCACGACGCAGAUCCAAACACUUCGGAUGGGCUCCACAGUCCGACGGGUCGCUUAUUCACCGUCAGAAAAGGCCUUCGGUCUCGGAACGAUUGUUCGCAAGCUGGAAGAUGGUGUCGAAAUUGUGAAAAGCUAUUUCGUACUCGCCGACGAGAUCAUGUUUCGGCAUCUGGACUCACUAGAACUCCACCCGGAUGAGUUGGUGGAAAGUGUGAUCCGGGCUGAGUCCACCGGCGGCAAAGAUCGGUUCGUCGUCGGGACGGCCUACCUGGAUGAGGAUAGAGAAGGGUCAAUCCGCGGGCGGAUAUUAGUAUUGGAGAUUGACCAUGGGCGCAAGCUGACACAGGUUGCGGAGCUGCCGGUCAAGGGUGCUUGCCGGGCACUCGCGAUGAUGGGUGAUCUAAUUGUUGCAGCCUUGGUGAAGACUGUCGUUGUUUACAAGAUUGCCAAUAGCAAUUCCGGGACGAAUAUGAAGCUUGACAGGCUUGCUAGCUACCGCACUUCCACAGCACCUGUGGAUGUCACAGUCGUCGGCGACACCAUCAUGGUGGCCGAUCUCAUGAAGAGCGUUUGCAUUGUGAAAUAUGUCAAGGGAGCUGACGGGGUGAAGGAUGAACUACGGGAGAUUGGCCGCCAUCACCAGACUGUCUGGAGCACCGCCGUCGCCUCAGUUGAAGACGAUACGUUCCUUGUCAGCGAGGCACAGGGCAAUUUGAUUGUCUUGUCGCGAAACACGAACGGUGUCACCGAACAGGAUAAGCACCGUCUCGUUCCUACGAGUGAAAUUCGCUUGGGUGAGAUGGUCAAUCGUAUCCGCGCAAUCCAUAUUCCACAGCUCGCAAGCGUCACAGUAACCCCGCGGGCAUUUAUGGCAACAGUCGAGGGAUCGAUCUACCUCUUCGCACUGAUCAACCCAGAGCAUCAAGACUUCCUCAUGACCCUCCAAGCCGUGAUGGCUAGUAAGGUCGAGUCCUUGGGUGAUUUGCCAUUCGAUGGGUUCCGCGCGUUCCGUACACUAGCGCGCUCGGCGGACACACCAUUCCGCUUCGUGGAUGGGGAACUGAUCGAGCAAUUCCUAUCCUGUGAGCUAGAGCUGCAGAAGGAGAUUGUGGAUGAAGUGGGAGUGGGCGACGUGGAAAGCCUUCUCUGCCUUCUUGCCCUGCUUCUGAAGGUUCUUGAUGUACUUCUUUUGGCGCUUGCGGGCCAUGCCAUGCCACUCGGGGACACCGCUCGCAGCGGCCAAGACAUCCUCCUCGCCUUCCUCUGCCUCCAGGUCCUCGUCACUGUCCUCUACCUCGCCGAGAACCUUGCCGGUCUCGCCGCGCAGCGCAUUAGCCGACAUCUUGGGCUUCUUUCCACCAAACGCGGCUCUCUCCUUCUCCUUCUUCUCCUUCUCCUUGCGGCGGUCGCGGUCGUGGAGGUAUUUGAAGAAUUUCUCGAUGUACGGUCGGAUCAGGAUGUAGAAGAUGACACUGAGGAUGACCUUUGUCCAGCGCGUCUUGCUCACGUCGGCGAAGGAGGCGUAGAGGUUCUUGCAGAAGCGUCGAACGCUGGUCUCAACAAGUCCGAAGAUUUGGUUGAAAAAAUCAGAGGCCGCCUCAGCAGCGAGGUCGCUGAUAUCACCUUGCUCGUUCUGGGCCAUGGCGGGCAGCUGGUGCGCGAAGUUGAAGAAUUGUUUGUCGUGUCAACUUUUUUUUUGCACUUGCGGUUGAAACGGGAGGUGCGGGAUGCGGCGGAUGAAGGGACCCUGCAACAGAAGAAAGGGGAGGAAAGGGGAAAAAUAGGACCACAAAUGAUCGAAGCGGCUCGAAGGUUCGGCAGGACCCGUCGAAAUUGA